AACAGGGAAGGAAAAACAUACACACACAGUCCGGUCCGACCGACCCAGAAUCUCAUUGCAAUUCUUGGCAAGCCGGCGGCAGGGAGCAAGAGGAGGAGGAGGAGGAGGAGGAGGAGCAGCAGCAGCAGCAGACUGAGGGAAGCACUUCAGCCUAAGGCGCUCAAGGACGAGGCUGGGAUUCAUGGCUCCCCCAAAUCGCAUCGCCCAACGUUGACUCGUUAAUACUGAGGAGGAUUAGUAGCAGAUUGCAGGGUGUUUCCUCCAAGCGGUCCGGUUUCUUCUUGCAAAAUGGCUGGAUCACAGAUCAUUCCUCAGGCUUUAUAUUUGAGCAACAUGCUGAAAGCUGUGAAGAUAAGAGAACUGAUGUCUGAAGACCUUGUCAAAUGUACCAAUGGAAUUAUCCAGCAUUUUAAAACUAUGCAUAGAUACACCAUAGAGAUGUUCAGAAUGUGUCAGUUUUGCCCACCUUUUCAGAAACUUCUUCAAAAAUCCCUGAUUGACCAAACAACCCUAAACUCACUGGAGCGCCAAAAGAAGUUAAAUUGGUGUCGAGAAGUUAAAAAACUUAUGCCAUUGAAGACUAAUGGAGAUGGAAAUUGUCUCAUGCAUGCUGCUUCCCAGUACAUGUGGGGUGUCCAAGAUGUUGACUUGCUUCUGAGAAAAACACUAUUUAGUGCACUUAAAGAAGCUGAUACUCGCAAUUUUAAACUGCGCUGGCAACGAGAAACACUUAAAUCGCAGGAAUUUGUGGCAACAGGACUCUGCUAUGAUACCAGGAACUGGGAAGAUGAAUGGGAGAAUCUUAUUAAAAUGGCAUCUGCAGAAACGUCAAUUGCGCACAGAGGUCUUCAGUAUACCUCUCUGGAAGAAAUCCAUAUAUUUGUCCUUGCUAACAUCUUAAGGCGUCCCAUCAUAGUUGUUGCAGAUAAAAUGCUCAGAAGUUUGCAGUCAGGUUCCAGCUUUUCCCCUCUGAAUGUUGGUGGCGUUUAUCUGCCUCUCCAUUGGUCAGCAAACGAUUGUUACCGAUAUCCUAUCAUUCUUGCUUAUGACAGUAUGCACUUCACCCCUCUGGUUAUUCUGAAGGAUAGUGGGCCAGAAAUCAGGGCAGUUCCAUUAGUCAGCUGUGAAAGAGGCAGGUUUGAAGACUUAAAAGUGCAUUUUUUAACUGACUCUGAAGAAAGGGAGAAAGAAAAACUGCUAAGAGACUAUCUAAUGGUGAUUGAAAUUCCUGUACAAGGAUGGGACCCAGGGACAACACAUCUCAUUAAUGCUGCAAAGUUGGAUGAAGGUAACUUGCCCAAAGAGAUUAAUCUGGUGGAAGAUUACUUUCAGCUGGUACAACAUGAGUACAAGAGAUGGAAAGAAAGCAGUGAAUAUAUUGGGAAGGAUAUGGGUGCAAAGAACAGGCUGGAGCUGCAGUUAUCUCAGCUAUCCCUUGUGGAGGCAAAAUGUGAAACUCCCAAUUGCCCCUUCUACAUGUCUGUGAAUACCCAGCCAUACUGCCACGAGUGCUCUGAACAAAGGCAACGGGCAAAUACCAUAAAGCGGCAGCAUUUCUGGACAGGCUCAGAGAAGCCCCGAGUAAAUAGGUCCAGUUACCCAAAGGAUGAGCACCAGCAGCCUCCUGCCUGGACCUCUGAAAAUUCCAGCACUGAGCCUCGUUCUGCACCCCCCACAGCUCCAAGUCUUUUUCUAUACAGUGAAACAACAGCCAUGAAAUGCAGGACCCCAGGCUGCCCUUUUACACUGAAUGUGCAAUAUAAUGGGCUUUGUGAACGUUGCUACAAUUCUACAGAGGUCAGUUCUUGCAAUAGCCGAAGUGACCCGAGGCAUUCAAAUUACGUGACUUGCACAUCCUGCCUUAAGGACACCAAUAGAACCUUCAAGGGAAUGUGUAGCACUUGUUACAAACGGACUAGAGACCAUUCCUCAAAUGCCAGCUCUGGUACUGUGCCUUCAAGCCAUCAGAGAUCCACGUCUGAUCCUACCCAUCUAUCACAAAGUUUUUUGCAGCAUUCCUGCAACACAGUGACCAACAGCAAUAAGGUGGCAGUGCUACCAUGUGUUCAGCCCCAAAGAACAGAAGAGAGGAUGAGAAGCAGUAAAUGCAGGAAGCCUGGCUGUAGUUUUUUUGGGACUCUCCAGAACGAAGGCUUUUGUACCCUAUGUUAUUUUGAAUAUCAAGAAAAUAAAGAGGCUUCCGUGCUUCAUCACAGAAGGUCUUCUGUGAGUUCUCCUGUUUUGGAGCAUCCUGGAAUCUCAGCUGCCGUCUACCAGAAUACCGUUUCCUGCCCAGGCCGAAAGUGUGGCACAAUAGGAAACACAAUGCUUGAGGGAUACUGCCAGAAAUGUUUUAUUGAAGCCCAGAGCAAGCGACUCCGUGAAGCCACAAGAACUGAAGACAAAAUAGUGAGACAAUCAGAGCAAACGGGACAACAUCAAGAUUUACACCAGAAAACUACAAGCUCUCAAAAACGCAAAUGUACUAAAGCUUCAUGUAGGAAUAAUUUAGCUUCUAGGAGUGGGGAAGUGUGUCAAGAAUGCUUGCGUGUCAGCCAACGGGGACAGUCUGGAACACCUCAGGUAGAACCUCCAGCGGACGAUCUUCCCAAACAGCGCUGCCAAGCUCCUGCCUGUGAUCACUAUGGUAAUAACAAGUGCAGUGGCUACUGCAAUGAAUGCUAUCAGUUCAAACAAAUAUAUGGAUAGCAAAUGCCUUUGUUUGCCUGGCAAAAGGAAAAAAGAAUGGUGCUAUAUCCAAAACACUUAACUGUAUUGCUGUGGCCUGAUACUCUUCACUCUUUGUGAAAAGGUGACUUUGGGGGGAAAACAAUAAGCUGAUUUUUUUUUUUUUGUAUAUGUAGAUACACACGGUAUGUUGGAUGUAGGUACACACGGUAUGGCAGAGCUAAGACUGGACAAAAUAUUAGGAAGUUGUGGGAGAACUGUUUACAAUUUUUGCUUGCUUAUCCUUUUUAAGUGGUUAGCUGCUGCUGUUUUAUUUGUUUUGUUUAGUAUUUUUUCCAAAUGAAAAAUAAAUGCAUGGUCCAGAAUGUUGUAUCCUGGGACGGAAAAGUAGGUUGCUUCUGGCACAGAUGGCAAUUGGCAGGACAUUUUAUACUUGACUACAAAACCCCUUUUCUCCAGAAUAUUUUGGAUUCUGUUCUGUAUUGAAUAUCUAUAUGUAUGAGAGAAAUAGAUAAAUGCUGCUCUUUGCAUGCUCUUUUUGCUGAUAUGUCUCUUGCAUUCUGUCUAAAUUGUGAGCAUUCUGAAUGUAGUGAAACCAGCCAAAGUUUUGAAAGGACCAGUUUUCUACAACAGUCAUCAAAAUUGUGUGUCUGAUUGCUCUGAAAAUGCUGAUAUGGUAGAGCUAAGACUGAACAAAAUAUUAGGAAGUUGUGGGAGAACUGUUUACAAUUUUUGCUUGCUUAUCCUUUUUAAGUGGCUGGCUGCUGCUGUUUUAUUUGUUUUAUUUAGUAUUUUUUCCAAAUGAAAGUUUUAUGCACGUAGAACAGCUAUAACCCCAUAAAAAUUUGGCCUUGGAACGCUGACUGGUGUUUUUCCAUUUACUGUUCUGUGUGGUUUGAAAGAGGAUGUAGUUACUAAACCUCUUAUAAUUUAGAAUGUGAAAGAACAUAGGUACUUUUAAGUAUAUCAUUUUGGGAGGAAAAAAAGUGGGGGGGGGGACGGGGACAUAAGAAAAAGAAAAGUUCCUGAAUAAAGAUAUUCAUGUAUAUUGGUUGACAUGGAAGCAGACUGACAGAUCAGAAUGAACCUACUCUGUGUCCGUUGAGAGUAGGGUGUAACAGUGAAUGUCUGUAUUGUUGAUGGUAUAACAAAGCUGCUUUCUCUUCAUGCCUGACCUCUACUAGUUGAUCAAAAGUUUGCUGAACUGUCCCAACCCUUUUGGAAUUUACUGAGAAAUAAGGCAGAUCUUCUGUGGGUCACUGAGCCCUUACAGUUUAAGCCUUAACUUCUGACCUAUGAGCUUCCCAAAGGAGGCAGGAUCAGUUUUUUGGUUUGUUUUUCACAUUCACACAUCCCUACAGUCCUCAGUUGUAUCUGACUGCUGAUAUAUCUAAUACUGAGGAGAAAAUAUAUUCUGUAUUGCUUGUAAGAGGGCCACUCCUGUAAAAUCCUAUUUAUUUCCUCAGUGCUUGGGGUCAGCUUUCAAUCUCAGGCCAUUAUCUGCCACAUCUGCAUAUUAUUUGGGUUAAGCACCAAACAAGAAAAUGUCUGGAGCUCUGCCAUCUAAAUCUUCCAUUUUUCCCCAGGCUCUCAUGCGUCUCUUAUUCUUUCUCUGAAUAGGACUGGGGGGAAAAGCAUGAACGCUAACUGAGGCUUCUUGCAUUCUGCAUGUGUAUAUUUAAUCCUUCACUAUAGUCUCUUCUCCAUUAUGGGAAACACUGCUAACGUCAUGGUCCUUUGCUAUUGAAAUUUCUUUAUAUGAUUUUGUGAUCUUUGUUAAAUGUGAAGACAUAUUUAAAUAUUUAUAUUAUUUCAAAAAAUGUAAUUUUGAAAUUUGCACAUUUCCGAUACAAUAAUUUACUCUUUAUUUCAUUCUUGUCUUCCUUAAAAACUAAUCCUUCUUGUAAAUAUGGAAUGGGGAAGAUGAUGAAGGGAAAUCCAGCAGCAAAAAUAAAUUAUUU